AUGUUGGGUAACAAAUUUUUUGACAAAAUAAUUUUUGUAAUUCUGUGGUGUACAACAGGGAAUCCGGUUGCAGUGAAAAAAGCAAGUAUUAUAACAACUGAGGGGGAUACGCCAAAUAACCAACAGUGGUCUCUUCCUUUCUUUGAUAAUAAUUUCGGACUUAUCUCUAAUGGAGCAGCAAUAACACCAUCGCCUCCACGAGUAUCAAUUGUAUCAACACCACCACCAACACUAUCGACAAUUAUCGAAACCUCCUCAACUUCUGCAAGUACUGUUAAUAUCGAUCUAUCUGACACGGAACUUAAUAUAGGAUGGAGGAGUUCGUCGGUAUUACCAACAUUUGCAACUGCUCCGCCCCCACGGAACAAAAUAUCUCAAAAAAAAUGUGCUGAAUACUAUAGCACUGGAAGAAGAGCUACCAGAACAUCGAAAGUACAAGUUUUUAUUAUUAAUGGUGAAAUUUCUAAACAAAAAGAGUUUCCUCAUAUGGCAGCUUUGGGUUAUGGUGCAAAGAAUGACAAUCAGUGGUUGUGCGGAGGAAGUUUGAUAAGUGAAAACUACGUUGUAACAGCAGCUCAUUGUUUAUCAACUAAAUCUUUAGGUCCCGUUCAAUACGUUAGACUAGGAACAACAACUUUACAGACCGAAACCUUACAAUCUGAAGAUUAUAAUGUGAUUCAGAGAAUUCCAUAUCCAAGUUAUGUAGAAGGUCGCCAAUAUGAUGAUAUUGCUCUUCUUCGCCUGGAUAGAUCAGUAGAGUUUUCCGACUAUAUAGCUCCUAUAUGCCUUCAUUCAUCAACUGUUCCAGACGGCGUUAAAUUAACAGCGACUGGGUGGGGAAGAACUACUCCUACUGGAAAUACUACAGAAGAGUUAAGAAAAGUAGAGCUGGACAUUAUUUCUUUUUAUGUUUGUCAAAAAGCUUAUAGUGUAGCAUCAAAGGAGGAGCUACCAUAUGGUAUUGUGGAAAAUUCGCAAAUUUGCGCUGGAUCUUCUGACGGAUCUAAAGAUACAUGUCAGGGUGAUUCCGGUGGGCCACUUUCUUUAGUACGAGAAGGAAGAUUGUAUUUGGUGGGAAUUACUUCAUUUGGAAUUGGUUGUGCUAAGCCUGGAAUUCCUGGGGUAUAUACUAGAGUUUCACAUUACGUACCUUGGUUAGAACAAACAGUUUGGGGGCAAUGA